AUGAGAGACCUCUCAAAGUCACUACCGAGGGAGCUUGUCUCCAUCCUGGAGCCCCUGCUGGCUUACCGGGUUGGGGACUACUCCCUCAGGACUUCCUAUAAGUCCAAAACUUCCGAGCUCUCCAUCUCCUUUGACCUAGGUCAAAAGAAGAGGCCUAUGGUCAAGGCCCCGGCCAAGACAAAGCCCAAGGAGAAACCCACCCCGGCCCGUACCCCUGCUGCACCACGCCCGGUACAGAGGAAAAGGCCGCCCAAGGUUAAGAAGACCCCUCCAGUCUCCAUCAUGGAUAUUGAGGAAAGUCUUCCCACUACCCCUCCACCCCCAACAGCAGCACCGGAGCUCGCUCCCCUCGAAUCCAGAGGGGAGGAGCCUUUUCGCUCGCCUGAGGGGACAGGACACGGGAGGAAGAAGAGGAAGAGGAGAAGCAUAUUCUCCCCAGACGCUUCACCCCUCCCAGCUCCUACAAUCACCAAAUCCAUAGAGUGUCAGACCGCCGACCCACCAGGCCCUGAACUCAAUGACAGCCACACCCAGACCGCCACUUCACCAGUCCCUCCUCUCCGCGACAGCCACACCCAGACCAACCCGGUCAAGGUGCCAAAGGAGAAGCCAGAGGACGCGCGGCUCAUGCUUACCCGGGAAGCGGCUAGAGUCAUGCACAGUUUCAAGCACCUGCCCCCACCCGCCUGCGGGAAACCAACCAACAGGAUCCACCCUAGCAGCCGCCCCCAACUAGCCAUGGUUAUGGUCCAGACCAUGGAGGCGAACGCUUCGAACACGAGAUCCACAGUUUCCAGGACCUCAAGGACUUCCUGGAAAACAGCGAUGUUGUCUACUCCAACAACUUCGUCGCCGCCAUGGCCGCCCGCCUCAUCGACGGACUCUUCCCAGGCAUCUGCCGGGAGGAAUGCAAGAUCGCUACCACUCUCCUCACCGGUGUUCUCAAGUAAACGCCUCUGGUCGCCACACAAGCUCGCCCGCCGACGCCGUGCCUUCCCACGCUUGACCCCCUCCCCUCCAACCCACGCCCAACCUUUUCCAUAUUAUUGA